AUGGCAGGGAACAACAGUGUCCCUGAAGACAGUGCAGCGCCUACUCUUACUAAGCUCCGGCUAUUGUGUAAUAGACUCGUACAGGAAGCCAAGGACAUGGAAAUUAGUGUGGACGACCUCAUGGAACUGUACCUGACCAAUAAAUAUUGCGAAUUUGAGCUUAUAAGUAGAGACAAAUCUAGGAAAAUUGCCGCGUGUGCCAACAGCCCAAGUGCCAAGCCGUGCCACUGGUGGAGGUGGUGGGCAGCAGGUGCCAUCCUGGUGCUAGUGUUCAGUGUUCUCUUAAAUUCAUAUGUGAACAUUUUUACCCGGAUAAGGAAUGAGUUUAUCACUUCAAAAUGCAUCGUACGCAACAAUUACUUUAUGAUGGAGGCCACACGCCCGCGGACGAAGUGUGGGCGUGUGUGUGGUGGUGUGGGCGGUCCUGUCGAGCUAAAUAUCAACAUCACGCGGGCGGAGUUUGAGAGGUGGGCGUACCUUUCCCGCCCGCUGGUGGUCAGAGGAGGCGCCGCUCAAUGGCCAGCCCUGGAGACCUUUUCCGUGGCGUUCUUCCGCAGUAUUUACGAUAGUGUUGAGGGCUCCUACGACGCUGUCACCGACGACUGUCAGUUCUUGCCCUUCCGUACAGAGUUUGUGGACUUAGGGGCGGCUCUGGCUAUGCACCCCGCCCGCGCUGCGAGGCUCCCGGGCACACCUCCAUGGUACUUUGGCUGGUGA